AUGGAAGCAGAAGAUAAGAUUACCAGUGUGAAAAUGAACAAUAUCAAAGUCAAUGAAUUGAACAACUUCUUUAUAGAUAUGUUCGAAUUAAAAGACAUAUGCGAUGAUUUCGUAGAACUCUUCAAAAAAGAGGAACGGUACUACUCAAACGAGGAGAAGUACAAUGAACUCUUAGAAGAAGAAGCUAUAAUGCUAGAUAAUAUCCACAAUUUAACAAAAGGAAUAAAAGAGAACUACCAGAAUGUAGUAGAUGCCUUCUAUGAAAGAAGACUCCAUAGAAUGGAAGCAAGAAUGUUGAAAGCUUUCAGUGAAGUAGAAAAGAAACCAAGAAAGCCAAAAGAAGAAGAUAAUUAA